AUGAAGUCUAACUUCCUUAUCGCGCUCUUCAGCUUGGCUCUAGCCGCUGUUGCUGCCCCUACCGGUCCUGGCGGUAGCGGACUUGGCGGCGGCGGUGGUUCCGGCGGCUCUGUGGGCGGAGGUGGCGGUGGCGGCGGUUCAAUCGGUGGAGGCCUCGGUGGUGGCUUUGGAGGUGGCUUCGGCGCUGGUUCUGGAGCCGGUGGUGGUCUUGGUGCCGGUGCCGGAGAUGGGAUCUAA